AUGCCAGCAAUUACAUUGACAAUUAAAGUAGUCCUUGCAUUGGUCCAGAAUUCCAAUAUUGUAACUGUUGAUUACUGGAACAAAUGCUAUGAUGCAAUUAGUAAUAAUACUCCAUUACCAAAUGUUGCUAAUUUUGUUCCACACAUAUUAGAAUCAACACUUAAUAAAGAAAAUGUUUCAUUUCUUCCUGACAAGAAGAGAUCCACUAUUUUUGCUGGCAAAAAAUUCAUUUUCUUCAGUAGGAGACAGUUAGAGAUGUAUAAGACUGUUUUGAUAAAGAGUUCAGCUACACCCAUGCUAUUGAGCGAAACAAAAAUGACCAAAUCUGGUCUCUGUGAAAACAAUGUGAUUGUUAUUCAGUAUAAUUUGUCAAAUAUAAGUCAGGAAACUCAAUCACAGCGAGAUCAAAUCAGGGAGAUUAUUGAUUUCCUCAAGAGUAAAGGCAAACGAGUUGUGGCUGAUGCAGAAAUAGGUCUGGCAGUACUAUACUGCUCCAUAAAUAAGUAUUGCAAUCCAGACUUCAAUUUCUCGUUGGAAGUUAUGAAGCAAGCUCCUAUACAGAAUAAAACCAAUAACAUAUUAGCAGUUGAAUCUCAAGAAACUUCACAAGAUGUUUGUAAAAGAGAAAAUAUUUCAAUAGAUGAGAGCUUGACUUCAAAACAAGAUGUAUCACUCAGUCAAAGUACAGAUAAUGUUAGUAUGAAAAGAAAAUUUAAUGAUGACUGUGAUGAUACAAACGGUCUCAAAAGAAAGCGUUUAAAUUUGAGUUUAACAAAAAAAAGACCUUUAGAAGAAACUGAAGUAGAAAAACCAGCAAAAAAAAUUUCUCUUCAAGACAAUGAUGAUGAAGACAUGUUCAAUUUUACAAGUACAAGUAAAACAGUCGCAUCUAUGACAGUAGAUAAUAAAACAAAGAAGUUAAACUUCUCAAAGCCUUUAAAAAGAAAGAAUUCUAUUGAUGGGGAUGAAGACGACUUAUUCAAUUUUGUUAACGAAGAAAAGACCGCUGAUAAAAGCAAUGAUAUUCAGGAAAACAAGACUAAUACGGUACAAACAGUUCCCAUUGAUGAUGAGAUAAGUCAAAGUCUCAAUAUUAAUGCUAUGAGAGGUUCAAAAUUAGUUGAAUUAGAGAAACUAAAUGCUGAUUUAGAACUGAAUGCUGGUCUUAAUAAAGUGAAGAAGGAAGAUAUAUCAGAAAUAGAUGAAAAAUUGAGUAAUAUUGACUUAGGAUGCACUACACUAAUUGUAUGUAAGGAUCUUGAAGUGAAAAGAGAACCAUUAUAA